UGAAAUGAUGGCGGCUGUCUGCGCUCUAAAUGUUCGUUCUGUGUGGGGCGUCUUUCGAGCUUCUUUGGUCCCAAAUAACGGUUUGACGACGUCUUCAGCGAGAAAGUAUACAAAUGGAAUUGUAUCAGGCAUCAUUCCAUCUGCCAUGAAAGCCUUACAGCAACAUGUUAUUAAUAAAGUUCAACAUCCAAGAUACUCUGUGCAACAGAAGCAGUUAUUCCAUGGUCAUGGUUUUCUUACUACUCCUGCUUUAUGGCAGCAACCAAGUCUAGCAAGGCAGACAACAUUCAUAUGCUCAACCAUGAAAAAUAAGCCUUACCUCAACCUUGUGUUGAACAACACAAGACUUUUCGCUACAGUUAACCAAUACCGUUGGAAAAAAGUAAGAACCAAGGCUGAUAUGCCAAAGAAACAUAUUCCAAAAUCUAAACGAAUCCUCCUGGGUCCUCAGAGGAAAGGUGUGUGUAUCAAAGUCUUCUCAAGAAAUCCUAAGAAGCCAAACUCUGGCAACCGAAAGUGUGCUCUGUUAAAAUUAAGUAAUGGAAAAGUAAUCACUGCCUACAUACCAGGUGAGCGAGCAGUGUUACAAGAACAUGCCGUGGUGUUGUUUGAAGGUGGCAGAGUCCAGGACUGUCCCGGAAUCAAAUAUAAAAUUAUAAGAGGGAAAUAUGACAUGAACUAAUGAAAAAACACUCCUAUUUAUUAACCCUUUAACUCUUAAGAUCCGAUUGCUAAUUCUCCCCUCUAGCUGCUAUGCAUUUCCUUGCAUGUAAACGAGUUAAAAGAAUUUGGUGCUAGAUCAAGAUAACAAUUUCUACCUGAUAAAUUUGAGGAUUCUCAUUACCUGUUUGCUAGGUUAUGUGUGGAUUUUGUGAGGAGAAGUUACAUGUUAAUCACUUGUGAGAAUUUAAGAGUUAUCAUAAGGUAAACUAGUCUCUGUGCCUUUGUUGCAUCUAUUGGGUUAUGGUUGCACAACUGGAAUCAAUGCUAGUUAUCUGCAGGGUUUUACAUAAUGUGGUGUAUGUUACAAUACCCACUCUUCAAAACUGUACAGAAUGCUCAUGUUCUGCAAUCUGAGGGUACUGAAGUUUUAAUAAAUGUUGAUUUGUACACAUCUUAUAAUAAAGCUUUGCAAAUUCUACACUAAGUGAUCUAAAAUGUACAGAAUGCACAUGUUCUACAAUCAUGAGGGAACUGAAUUUGUAUUGAAUGUUGAUUGGUACACACUUUGUAAUAAAGUUUUGAAAAUUCUA